GGGAUGCAGCAGCUCUGAGGGAGGGUCUCCAGGCUGCUUUUAUCAAUCUGCUUCCACUCGGUGUGGCUCGGAUUCGACCGGCUGGCGAGCAGGUGGAGAAACGGGAACAUGAGGAGGAUCCAGAUGGUGCUGCUGCUGCUCCUCUGGGCUGGCAGUGUCCAGGCCUGGUUCUGGAACAGUGGUCCAGACACCACAACAGAGACCCCCACAGAGAUGACGGAGGCAACGACAGGGACGAUGACUGGGACAGCAGGUGUUACUGGAACAGCACCUGUUAAUGCAACAGCGGGUGUUACCGGGACAACAGGCAUCACCGGGACAACAAGUGUGGCCGGGACAGCAGGUGUUACUGGGACAACAGACAUCACCGGGACAAGCGUGGCCGGGACAGCAGGUGUUACUGGGACAACAGACAUCACCGGGACAACAAGUGUGGCCGGGACAGCAGGUGUCACCGGGACAACAGACAUCACCGGGACAACAAGUGUGGCCGGGACAGCAGGUGUUACUGGGACAACAGACAUCACCGGGACAAGCGUGGCCGGGACAGCAGGUGUUACUGGGACAACAGACAUCACCGGGACAAGCGUGGCCGGGACAGCAGGUGUUACUGGGACAACAGACAUCACCGGGACUACAAGUGUGGCCGGGACAGCAGGUGUCACCGGGACAACAGGCAUCACCGGCACAGCGGGUGUCACCGGGACAACAGGCAUCACCGGGACAGCGGGUGUCAUCGGGACAACAGGCAUCACCAGAACAGCAGGUGUCACCGGGACAGCAGGUGUUACCGGGACAACAGGCAUCACCGGGACAACAAGUGUGGCCGGGACAGCAGGUGUUACCGGGACAACAGGCAUCACCGGGACAACAAGUGUGGCCGGGACAGCAGGUGUUACCAGGACAACAGGCAUCACCGGGACAACAAGUGUGGCUGGGACAGCAGGUGUGGCCAGGACAACAGGUGUCGCCACGACAACUGGCAGCGGUGCAAAGCAGACGGAGGAAGCGGAGGACGACGAUGACAAUUUGUCCGGAGUCGGGGAGGAAAUAAUCAACGUGGCGACGGGAAUCCGUAAGUUAGUGGAGGCGUGGGACGCGACCCCGACCACCUGGACUACUAACGGGAGCCUGACCGAGCAGCCAGAGGGUGCUAACACUAGCACCACAGGCAGGUUGCCAGGGCAACGGGUGGAGGAGGGCUCGGGGUCGGGGGAUGGAUCUGGGUCUGAUGUAGUCACUGGUAAAGUUUGUCUCCCGGUGCCCUCCGAUUGGCCCGUUUGCAAGCAGCCAAAGUUGUUCUCGCUGCCCAACUUUUUCAACCACACCUCUGUGGAACAGGUGGGGGCGGGGCUGUUGGAAUGGGCGUGGCUAACAAGGGCACGGUGCCACCACAGCGCCGAAUGGUUCCUCUGCCUGCUGAUGGCGCCAUGGUGCCCAUCUGCCACCGCCCGCCUGCCCUGCCGCAGCUUCUGCCACGUGCUGCAGGACAGCUGCUGGGCGUCGCUGGACGGCGGCCAACUCCCAGUGGAGUGUGACCGCCUGCCGGAGAGUCCGGCGUGCGUUUCCGUUAGUAACUGCAAAGAAGACAGUGGCAUCUCUUUGCUGCAGCUGAUCGGAGAUCCUCCUCCAGACGCCAUCACCAGGGAUUAUGGACCAAAUGGCAAGGCUGCCUACAUCUUCUCCUCGGCGGCGGCAUCAGGCCAGCCGGCUUUGGCCCACGUCCCCAACCCUUUUUACCGCCACUUUUCCCUCCUCUUCCACAUCAAACCCUCCAGGUCGACCGCCUCGGUUCUCUUCUCCAUCACGGACGGAAAUCAGAGGCUCAUGUACAUCGGCGUCAAGCUGAGCGCCGUGCGGUCAGGUCGCCAGAAAGUCCAGUUCUUCUACACCGAACCCGACUCUGAGGCUUCGUACGAGGCGGCCAGCUUCGAUGUACCGAGCAUGGUGGACACCUGGAGUCGCUUCUCGCUGGCGGUGUUCGAGGAACAGGUGACUUUCUACCACGGCUGCGACUCGGAGCCUCAGGCGGUGAAGUUCGAGCGCUCACCGGAUCCCAUGGAGCUCGACAAUGCCGCCGGGAUCUUUGUCGGUCAGGCAGGAGGAGCUGACGGUGACAAGUUCCAGGGAGCCAUCGCUGAGCUGAAGGUGGUUGGAAACCCUCGGGCAGCUGAACGUUUGUGCGACGAUGAGGAUGACUCAGACGCUGCCUCUGGUGACUACGGCAGCGGUGAAAUCGACAGGAGGCAGUCGGGACACUCAGUGAAGACAACCCCGGCUUCCUUCCGUCCGGUGCCCGAACCUCCACUGACAUCCUCACAGGGAACCAGAGUCAAAGAAUCAGGUCCGAGCGGCGCUAAAGGUGAGAAAGGAGACCGAGGAGAGAAAGGCUUGACAGGGGACCGAGGCCCCAUGGGACCCAAGGGAGAGCCGGGUUCUGGUUCCAGUUCUGGUUCCUCGUCUGCUGGUGGAGGACAGAAGGGAGAAAAAGGUGCAAAGGGGAGCUCCGGCUUUGGAUACCCUGGUAAUAAGGGUGAACGUGGGGCUCAGGGGCCUCCAGGGCCCCCUGGUCCUCCAGGACCUGCAGCUGAGGUGGUCCGACUCGGCGACGGCUCCGUUGUGCAGCAGGUAGCCGGACCUCCAGGACCACCGGGACCACGGGGGUCGAAUGGAGCUGCAGGACCUCCAGGAACUGACGGGGAGCCGGGCGAUCCAGGAGAAGAUGGAAAAGCUGGUCCUGCUGGACCUCGAGGUUUCCCAGGAACUCCAGGAAGUGCUGGUGCCCAAGGUCAAAAGGGUGAGCGUGGAGAAGGUCAGCCUGGACCCAGAGGCCCCCCAGGCCCACCAGGACCUCCUGGACCAGGCAAUGGUGAUCGCCCAACAUUUUUCGACAUGGAGGGAUCAGGAUUCCCAGACUUGGACAGAAUGCGGGGUCCCCGUGGUCCUCCGGGCCUCCCAGGUCCUCCAGGUCCUCCUGGUACCUCAGUGGCACUAGGAGCUAGUGGUCCGGUAGCCUUUGGACCUCCUGGACCACCUGGACAAGAUGGAGCACCUGGUCUACCUGGCCCUCCUGGUCCUCCUGGUCCACCUGGUCUACCUGGAUCAGUGAAAGGCGAAAAGGGUGACAGUGGUGAGCUCGGUCUUCCAGGAGCAGCUGGAGAAAAGCAAAACGCUCAAGACUCCAACUUUUUCAACGGCUUCUUCUCUUUCUUUACUCCAUCCUCUACGGGUACUCAGGGUGACCCAGGUCAGACGGGUACACCUGGACAGACUGGACUGGCAGGACUUCCAGGUCCAAUGGGACCAAUUGGGCCACCUGGGCCUCCUGGACCACCAGGGCCACCAUACCGAGUUGGCUAUAAUGACCAAAAUGGAUAUGAGGUGUUAAAUGGCGGGCCUGGAGUUGGAGGCCCACCUGGACCACAGGGUCCACCUGGCAUUGCAGGUCUCCCCGGUAAACCAGGUUUACCAGGUAUCCAUGGAAACAAAGGAUCAGAAGGACCACGAGGACCAACUGGUAUCCCAGGUCUAGAUGGAUUCCCUGGACAGCAGGGUGAAAAGGGCGACAGAGGAGAGAAAGGAGAGAUGGGUCUACCAGGACGAGAUGGUGGACCACCCGGACCUCCAGGGCCUCCUGGACCUCCAGGACAGAUUGUGUACCAGCCGACAGCAGAUUAUAACGACGUUUAUUGGAACGAAGAGGGGCAGGGAAGAGGUCUUCCAGGUCGAGCAGGAUUCCCGGGGCCUAUUGGUCCAAAAGGAGACAAAGGGGAGUCAGGUCCUCCAGGAUUUGCACCUAAGGGAGAAAAAGGAGAACCAGGCAUCAUCAUGGGGCCUGAUGGGAGACCUUUGUACCUCGGAGGCCUGCAAGGAAAGCCGGGCGACCCAGGACUCCCCGGCCCAGAGGGACCUCCAGGUCCAAAUGGUCCUUCAGGUCCAAAGGGGGAGAUCGGUUUUCCAGGCAGACCGGGUCGACCAGGACUGAACGGUGUCAAAGGAGAGAAGGGAGAUUCAGGCGGUGGAUCUGGAUAUGGUUACCCUGGUCCUCCAGGUCCUCCGGGGCCUCCUGGACCUCCUGGACCUCCCAUACCCGUUGACGGAGCCAGAGGGUAUGAUGAUUAUUCCAGGUAUUACCCAGCUAAAGGAGAGAAAGGAGAUCGAGGACCACCAGGAACUCUUGACAUUCCAGGUUUGGGGUCAAACGUUGACAUUUACACUCUGAAGUAUCAGCUGAAAGGUGACGUGGGCUUGAAGGGAGAGAAAGGAGAGCCAGGUGGAGGAUAUUAUGACCCUCGCUAUGGAGGCAGUGGAGUCGGAGCACCGGGAGUUCCUGGACCUCCAGGACCUCGAGGCGACUCCAUCAUCGGUCCUCCAGGCCCUCAGGGACCACCUGGACCCCCAGGAAGAGGCUACGACGGGCAGCCUGGACCCCCAGGGCCUCCUGGACCUCCAGGACCAACGCUGUCUGGGACUCACAGGGGAACACAGACCAUCAGUAUUCCUGGACCCCCGGGACCACCUGGAGCUCCUGGACUACCUGGACACUCCUCAGGGGUGACAGUGCUGAGGUCUUAUGAAACUAUGACAGCCACAGCGAGGAGACAGCCUGAAGGUUCUCUGGUCUACAUUAUAGAGCAAACUGACCUCUACCUGCGGGUUCGAGAUGGAGUUCGUCAAGUGCAGCUCGGCAGCUACAUCCCUUUGCCCAUUGAGGACGGUAACGAGGUUGCAGCUGUGGAGCCUCCUCCGGUCGUCCCGUACUACCCGGACCACCAUCAUCACAACAACCCCGGGACCUCCACCCACAAUAGGCAACCUGAGAGUCCAGUAGAGCCCCAGCCUCAGCCACAGCAGCCUUACCCGGACCCCCGGUACGAGCCAGACACCCGGUACCAGCCGGAGCAGCCUUACCCUGACCCCCGUUACCAGCCGGAUCCUCGGUACCAGCCGGAGCAGCCUCAGCUUCAACCGGACCCCCGUUACCAGCCGGAUCCUCGGUACCAGCCGGAGCAGCCUCAGCUUCAACCAGACCCACGAUACCAGCCAGAUCCUCGAUACCCGGCCCCAACAGAUCCCAGGUUCCCGAGCUACAGCGACCGGUUAAACCAGCCAGAUGGGAGGUACUCUGUCCCGGAGAACCGCUACCCGGUCACCCCUGCAAGAAGGCCGCCUCCACCGGUACCUCAGACGCCGGUGCACCGCCACACCUCCGGACCAGGGCUCCACCUGGUGGCCCUGAACAGCCCUCAGACCGGCGCCAUGAGGGGCAUCCGGGGGGCAGAUUUCAUGUGCUUCACUCAGGCCCAGGCCAUCGGGAUGAAGGGAACUUUUAGGGCGUUCUUGUCCGCCAGACUGCAGGAUCUCCAGAGCAUCGUCCGAAAGGCCGACCGGGACAUUCUGCCCAUAGUCAACCUGAAGGACGAGGUUCUGUUUGACAGCUGGGACGCCAUCUUUAAUGAUGGCAGAAUGAAGGACGGCGUGCCCAUCUACUCCUUCGAUGGCAGGGAUGUUCUCAACGACAGCGCAUGGCCGGAGAAGACGAUGUGGCACGGCUCGACCAGCGGCGGCCAGCGACACGUCGACAGCUUCUGCGAGACGUGGCGGGUGGCCGACCGGGCGCUGACCGGCAUGGCGUCGCCGCUGCAAGGCGGCGGCCUGCUGCAGCAGAGCUCCAGCAGCUGCUCCAGCUCAUACAUCGUGCUGUGCAUCGAGAACAGCUACAUCGCCAAGAGAUAGACGCACAGAAACACUGUCGCCUACACACACUUCAGUUUGUCCUCCCACUGCCUGCGGUGCUCUGUAAAUAGGAUUUGUGUUAAUGGAUAGUUAGUUUGUGUUUGUUAGCCCUUCGUAUACGGUGCUACACACGAUCACCCAUCAUGUACGUGAAGCUCAGGUGACCGACAGUGACUCGGCCACAGUGGAGGUGGCCGGAAAAUGUUCCCAGAAGAGCAGCUUUGUUGUCAUUUCUUUACUGUUUGUGACUCGUCGGCUAGCAGAAGCUACAGCGCUGAUAGAAAUAAGAUUAGCAUGCUUGGGUCCAGCUAGUGAAGCCCAGUUUGUGUUAGCCCGAGUUGAAUUUUAGCCGAAAUCUUAAUGCAGUUUUGGUGUUCACAGAGUUGAAAACUGAAUCUAGAAGAAUUUAGCAGAGCUUCAUCCUGGUUGCUCAGUCUAGUCCAGACUUCUGUUACCCAGAAAGACAAAGAAGUUCUGCACUGCAAAGCAGGAUUUAAGGUUAUCAAGAUAAGGUUUAACUCUGGAUUUCCAGGACUAUGACGCCUUACCCUGCACCCUAUGUUCAAGAUUCAAUGAUUCUUCUGAGUUUUUAAAUGCUUAUUAUCGAUUCUCAGAGCUACAAAUGUUUUUUUUUCAGAAUUCUCAAAGACUCACAUGAUAAAGAUGAUUUUUAAGCAAUUUAUCCUUCCCUAAACUGAUAUCUUUGUUGCUUUUCAUAUUCGGUGUUUAUAAGGCUCCUAUGUAAAACCGAAAUAUAAAUCUAGAGGUUAAAAAUCUGUUAAAUCCAGCAGCAGUUGAAGAGUCUUUGAGGGUUUUAGAGUUAAUUUAAAGAUCCAACAGACAGAAACACUGUAAAUUCAUAAAUAUUUCAGCACUAAGUGAGACAGAAACACUCGCUGGAAGUUGAUUUUUCAUAAAUAAGUGACUGCAGUGCAACUAAAACACACAAGCUACUGCUAAAUUGUCAUUUUUCAAUCCUGUGUCGACCACAACAGCAAACCUUCAUCUUUGUGAGGAAACACCGUGAGCGAUUAGGAGGAUAAACCACUAGAAAUUGUUGACUUUUAAUUUCUUUUACACCUCAAAUACCUGAAAAACAGUGUUAAUAACGAUUAAAAUUAGAUAAUUUCUGACGUUUUAUACACCACAGUUACCUUUAUAUACAGUGUUUGUCAGGGCUGCAGUGGAAAAUAGAUACUAGGAUGAAAUAUUCUGAUGAUUAAUAUAAAAGUUUUUAUAUGUGAAAAGUGUGUUUUUUAACGUCUCCUCUUUUACUCCAAUGUAAGCCACAGCACUUGAGUAACAUCCUUUUAAUUUUUGCUCCAAGAGAAGAUGUUUUCAGAUCAUAUUUUUAGCAGUAACAAAAGGGAUAUUUAUUUUUUAUAAGCCGUGUUUUUUUUUUUUUCUACUUCACCUAUAAUGUUUGCUUUCACAGAGAAUAACGCUCGGUGUGUCCAGACAAGGACAUGCGAAGGACAUGCAGUUAAAAUGUGACGAGGAUUCAGCCAUAGAUGUGUUGUGCACUGUUCAGGCUUCAUGGAGGGUCGAUGUACUAACAGAGUCUCUUCUGCAUCUCGCUGAAUAAACCUGUGUGGAAAUUGUGA